AUGUCCUCUUGGUCGCCCGAAACGAUCGUCGCUUUAGUCGCGCUACUGGUGACUGCUCCAUCAUCGCUUUUGGUGAUCUGGAAGUAUUACCGCCGACACCGGCGCUACUGCUCCUCCCCACAGACCUACGCAGUUGGUACCCCCUUAGAACCGACAAUGGUCAAUCUUUCCGCACGACCAGCCACCUCGCCAAUUCUAGAUAGUUCCGUGGCACUCGAGGCGGGACUCUCUUACCGAGAUAUCUUUGUGGAGAUGCACGUGCGGCAAAUGGGCUUUUAUGCGGAGAGAGGUUAGAUUGCACAUCAAGC